UCCAGCACGAUCACUGAUUUGUUGGCCUUGAAGUGCGUUAAAAAAAAGAAAAAAGAAAACCACGGGGUACUUCUUUAAAAUGUCCACGAGAAAAGAAGUGCCAGACAGAGCAAGGAUUAUGCUGUGAAUAACUAGUCCCCGUACAGUUUUAUCCACGGCCGAAACCCCGCGGGAGCAUUUGGUAAUUUGGGAUUAGACAUCUCAUCUGUGGGGAAGGAGUGUCCAUAUGUUGGUUACAUCGCGACACUGAAGGGGCCAACUUACUGUCCACUAACUCCAAGGAGGUGCCCAUAAAGCGGCCAUGUCUUCCUCACAAUCACCAAAACUGAAGUAUGUGUCCUUGGGGGUGUUGGUGGUGCAGACUACCUCCCUGGUGCUCACCAUGCGCUACUCCCGCACCCUGAAAGAAGAUGGUCCCCGCUACCUGGCUUCCUCCGCUGUGGUGUCGGCGGAGGUGCUCAAGAUAUUCACCUGCAUCCUGCUGGUGUUAAGAGACCACAAUUUUAGUGUACGCAUGUUGAGCCAGAUCCUGAAGGAGGAGAUUGCAAACAAGGCCAUGGAAACUAUGAAACUGUCCAUUCCUGCGGGGAUCUAUACCUUACAGAACAAUCUGCUCUACAUUGCAUUAUCAAACCUUGAUGCAGCCACUUACCAGGUCACCUACCAGCUGAAGAUCCUCACCACGGCACUGUUCUCUGUCUCCAUGCUGGAGAAAAAGCUGGGCCUCUACCAGUGGCUGUCUCUGCUCGUUCUCAUGGCCGGGGUUGCUCUUGUACAGUGGCCAACAGAGUCUGUGAAUGGCCCUCAGCAGAGGCCCCUGUCUGCAGGGUCUCAGUUUGUGGGGGUGAUGGCGGUACUGAUAGCCUGCAUCUCCAGUGGUUUUGCAGGGGUUUACUUUGAGAAGAUCCUCAAGCAGACUAAACAGAGUGUGUGGCUUCGCAACAUACAGCUAGGUUUAUUUGGCUUUGUGUUUGGCCUUAUGGGAAUGUUUGCAUACGAUGGUGAGAGGGUGAGAGAGUUUGGGAUGUUUCAGGGCUACAACGGCGUCACCUGCACAGUCGUCAUCUUGCAGGCAGUGGGUGGGUUGGUCAUCGCAGCAGCCAUUAAAUAUGCAGACAACAUCCUUAAAGGAUUCGCCACCUCUUUGUCAAUCAUCUUGUCGACACUCAUUUCUUAUUACUGGUUGGAGGACUUUGAGCCUACCAGUGUUUUCUUCCUCGGGGCAGUGCUGGUCAUUGCCGCCACCUUUCUCUACGGCUAUGAACACAAAGCUGCCCCCAGCGUCAUCAAGGUGUAGAUGAGAGACCAACAAAACUUCCCUGCCUCCUUAAAAAAAAGAGAAGACAGCUAUCCAAAGAAGACAACAGAGGAGCUACAGAAGUCGGUGUAUAGAAAACAAAAACAGAAAAAGGGGCGUCUGGGUGGCGUAGCAGUCUAUCCAUUGCCUACCAGCACAGGGAUCGGUGGUUUGAAUCCCUGUGUUGCCCCCGGCUUGGUCGGGCGUCCCUACAGACACAAUUGGCCGUGUCUGUGGGUGAGAAGCCGGAUGUGGGUGUGUGUCCUGGUUGCUGCACAUGCGCCUCCUCUGGUCGGUCAGGGCGCCUGUUCGGGGGGGAGGGGGAACUAGGGGGAAUAGCGUGAUCCUCCCACGUGCUACGUCCCCCUGGCGAAACUCCUCACUGUCAGGUGAAAAGAGGCGGCUGGCGACUCCACAUGUAUCAGAGGAGGCAUGUGGUAGUCUGCAGCCCUCCCCCGGAUCUGUAGAAGGGGUGGAGCAGCGACCGGGACGGCUCAGAAGAGUUGGGUAAUUGGCCGGAUACAAUUGGGGUGAAAAAGGGGGGGGGAAUUUAAAAAAAAAAGAGAGAGAGAAAGGUGUCAUUGAUAGUGUCUCUCACCAAACGGUCAUAGCAACACUGCCAGAGGUUGUCCGGCCCUCGGUGGUAGAGAGCCCGGUUGUACCCCACUGCUGUUUUUGCACAGAAUAUGGCGUUCACUAAUAUGAGGCAGACAUCUGCUUUUUAUAAAUGUUUUUCUACUUUUAUAAAGAUUAUUUUUAAUGAAACGGGUGGAGGAGGGGUGGUCACCAACUUCAACGGGGUAAAUACAACGAUAUUGACACGUUCGGUGGGAUGGUCUCCCUAUGCUUUCUAUUCCCAAGCGUUGCCUCAUGAAAUUAGCUGACUCUGAAAAAGGGACCCCAAGGAGAAUAAUCUGGAUUAAAUCCUGACACGUGGCCAUCUGGCUAUAAACGUAUUUGUAGUUUUCUGUAGUUAAACUCUAUUUAUGUAUUGUGGGAUUUGGGGGAAAGCUGUGUGUUUUUAUGAUAAAUCUGAUUUGAUGGCGGUUCGAUAAUCAGCGCCGAUAAGAAGAAAAUAAUUUUCAUUCAUUUUCGAUUUACCCCAUCUUGUGGUGACAGUAUUUCCUGCAGAAAGAAGCGAUUACCCUGUCCAAAAGAUGCUGAAAUUGCUUCUUCUUUUUUAAAAUUGUUUUUUUGUAUGAGGGAGGAACGUGAGUACUUGCUUUGACCUUGCUGCAAACACUCAAAGGAUUAAUAUAAUAUAAACGAAAAAUUGUGAAUUAUGUGCAACAAAAAAAAUGAAUAGAAAAUAAAUUGUCUAUUGUGUUAUCUUG